AUGAAUAAAGAACAGGAAUUAUUAUAUAUUAUAGAUUCUAUUGAAAGUGCUUAUAAUCCUGAUUCACCUAAUUAUAAAUUUAGAUUUGUAUUUUAUAACAAAACGACAGUGCCAUUUUCAAGGCCUGUAGAUUUUCCUGAAGAUUUGUGGUAUUCUUCGCUAAAAAAAGAUACCACAUUAAUGCCUAUACUACUUAAAGGUAAAGAAAUAGAAUUAAGACGUUACGAACAAUUAAAUACAGUUAAAAAUCUUGAGAUGUCAUAUAAAUUUCUACAGAAUAAAAUUGAUCAACUUAAAUUAAAUUCAGAUCGGAUAAAAAAUAAAUUACAAAGUAUACUUGUUGUGUACAGAAAAUUAGUGAAUAACAUAUAUAAUAAAUGUAGACUAAGAAAGUGUAACUGUAAUUUAAUGGAAGAAAUUGAAAAAAUUAAUACUGAUAUCAGUCCUGAAGAAUUAAUAAUAGAUGACAAAAAAAAUGAAGUAAUGUUGUUUUUACUAAAAUUAAAAGAUAAUUUAUGUACUUUGGUAAGUAAAAUAGACGAGGAGUUAUAUGAAUAUGAAAGAAAAAUGUUUGUGUUUAAAAAUAUUAAUAAAUUAGCUUAA